AUGGGAGACCACUACCAGACGCUGGGACUCCAGCGCGACGCCAGCAAGGCCGACAUCAAGAACGCAUACUUCCGGCUCGCCCACCGCUACCACCCCGACCACCAUAACCACGCCGACGCCGCCGCCCGCGCGGAAGCCGCUCGCCGCUUCCGCCAUGCCAAAGACGCCUACGACGUCCUCUCCGACUACCACCGACGUGCCGAGUACGACCACAACCUCCGUCGCUCCUCCUCCUCGUCUUCGAGUGGCUACAGGACCUCCUCUUCGGGCAAACAGGGGAACCGGCAAGGAGGUGCCUCCUCCUCGUCGUCGUCUUCUUCGACUUCGAGUCAGCACGGACACGGAGGUUCUCGGAGCAGGCCACGUCCACCUCGCCCGGGAGGAGGAUCUGAUCUCGAGAGCGUGAUCGUCGGUGCAUAUGCUGUUUUGAUGGUGCUGGAAGGUCUCGCAGAAGCCGCAAGAGACUGGGAGAACAUGAAACGAGAUGUGGAAAAAAUGAAACGACAAAUCGAAAAGAUGAAGAUAGGAUUUCAAAUGAGGAAGCAACGAUGGGAAAACAUGAAGCAAGAAUGGGAAAAGAAGAAUCCCUGGAAAUCAUGGAUGGAGUCGCGAGAGAAGGAGAAAAAGAAGAACUGGUGGACGGACAUCUUUAGGUCUUGA